UUCCUUCCUUCCUUCCUUCCUUCCCCUCAGAAAGAGCCCACGCGCGGCCACGCUUCCGUCAGGCCAAGGCCCCGCCGAGGGUUUCCCUCCUCAGGGAAGCCCGGCGGGAGGCCCGGGGCCCGAGGCGAGAAGCGGAGGAGGAGGAAGGGGAAGGCCAAGGGGGAAGCGGAAAGGCAUGGCCGCGGGGCGGGGAGGGAAGGGUGGUAGGACUUGAAGAGCGCAAGCGGAGGCGCAACGCCUGCGACGCGCAACAUGGGAGGAGCCUCCCUCCAGUGAGGCUUCCAAGCCUAAACGGAACUCAGUGCGAAAAGGGAAGAGACGUAGCGCCACUUCCGGGUCCCCCUUUUCUCCAAAGAGGAGCAACACUGGGCGAGGGAGGAAAGGCUUUCUUUUUUUAAAAAAUUCAGUAUAGGUGAGUGCAUCAAUGUUUUCUGAAUGUGAUUUUCCUACUUCUUGACAGAAUGGGGAUAGACCGGAUAGCCCAUGAGGUCUCGUCUAACUCUAUGAUGCUGUGACUCCAUUUCCCAGCAGGCAGUGCGGGUCAGGGCCGGAAGUAGGAGCCGUGUUUCUGGUCUGGGCCGGAAGCCGCCUGGCUUGGUCCUCUGGCGUCCUCUCCCUCCCCGGGAAGCGGCCAAGUUCUUCGAGGGCGGACUCGGGAAGGAAGGAAGGAAGGACACCUCCCGCCUCCCACAGUCAUGGAGGAGAACGACUGGCGGAGCAGCAACUUCCGGCAGAAGCUAGUCAGCCAGAUAGAGGAAUCCAUGCGCAAGGCGGGCGUGGCGCACAACAAGUCCAGCAAAGACAUGGAGAACCACGUCUUCAUGAAGGCCAAGACCAGGGAGGAGUACCUCUCCCUGGUGGCCCGACUCAUCAUCCACUUCCGGGACAUCCACAAUAAGAAGUCCAUGGCCUCGGCUGCAGCUGCUGACCCCAUGAACGCCCUCCAGACCCUGACGGGAGGCGGACCCCCGGCCGGAGGAGGCGGUGGCGGAGGAGGGGGGGCCGGUGGCGGAGGGCCGGCGGCGUCGUCCUCCUCCUCCUCGAUGGGGCUGGGGCCCCGCCCCCCGCCUCAAGGGGCCCCCAUGGGGGGGAUGGCCGGCCUCCCCUUGGCACAGCAGAUGGGGCCCCUGCCCGGACAGCAGCCGCCCCCGGGCCCCGGCGCCAACCCCAUGGGGCCCCACGGCAUCCCCGGCAUCGGCCCUCCCUCCGGGCAGCCAACCCAGCUCCAGCUGCAGCAAAUGGCGCAACAGCAGCAGCAGCAGCAGCAACAGGUGGCCGCCGCGGCCUUGCAGCAGCAGCAGCAGCAGCAGGCGCAGCAACAGUUCCAGCAGGCGCAGCAGAACGCGCUGCAGCAGCAGUUCCAGGCGCAGCAGCAGCAGCAGGCCGCCGCAGCCGCUGCCGUGGCCGCCCAACAGCAGCAGCAGGCGCAGCAACAGCAGCAGCAGAUGCAGGCGGUGCAGCAGCAGCAGCACAUGCUGAAGAUGCAGCUGCACCAGCAGAGCCAGCAGCAGAUGCAGCAACAGCAGCAGCAGCAGCUCCAGCGCAUUGCCCAGAUGCAGCAGCAGCUCCAGCAGCAGGCCGCCCAAGUGCAACAACAACAGCAGCAGCAACAACAGCAGCAACAACAGCAGCAACAACAGCAGCCUCCUCCUCCGGCCUCUGCCCAGCAGGUCAUGCAGCAGCAGAUCCAGCAGAUGCAGCAGCAGCAGCAGCAACAACAGCAGCAGCAGCAGCAACAAGUGUCGGCCGCGCAGGCCUCCCAGAUCCCCCCGCAGCCCAUGGUCUCGCAGGCCCAGACCCUUCCUGGCCAGAUCCCCGGACAGGUCAUGCCCGUGGCCCUGACCCCGCAGCAACUCAAGGCCAUGCAGGCCAGAGCCCUCCAGCAGCAACAGCAACAGCAGCAGCAGCAGGCAGCCGUGGCGGCCCAGGCGGCCCAAAUGGGGGCCUCCAACCAGAUGAUGACCGCCGCGAUGGCCAGGGGCGGGAUGCAGAUCCGCCCGCGCUUCCCUCCGGCCGCCGCCGUCUCGGCCCCCCCGCCCCCCAGCGCCAUGCAGAUGCCGCCACAGGUCGCCAUGAUGUCUUCCCCGUCGCCCGUCCAGCAGCAGGCCGCCCAGACCCCGCAGCCCCCGCCCAUGCCCCCGCCCCCCCCACAGCCCUCGCCGCAGCCCACCUCCCAGCCCAACUCCAACGUCAGCUCGGGCCCCGCUCCGUCCCCCGGAGGCUUCCUGCCCAGCCCUUCCCCACAGCCCUCUUCGCAGAGCCCGGCGGCCGCACGGACCCCCCAGACCUUCAGCGUCCCUUCGCCGGGACCCCUCAACACCCCCGGCAAUCCCAGCUCCGUCAUGAGUCCGGCCAGUUCCAGCCAGUCUGAGGAGCAGCAGUACCUGGAGAAGCUCAAGCAGCUCUCCAAGUACAUCGACCCCUUGCGGAGGAUGAUCAACAAGAUCGACAAGAACGAAGACCGGAAGAAAGAUUUGAGCAAAAUGAAGAGCUUGCUGGAUAUCCUGACAGACCCUUCCAAACGGUGUCCUCUGAAGACCCUGCAGAAGUGCGAGAUCGCUCUGGAGAAGCUCAAGGAUGACAUGGGGGCAGUAAGAGCCCCGACCCCUCCGCCGCCGGUGGUCCCUCCGACGAAGCAGCAAUACCUCUGCCAGCCGCUCCUGGACGCGGUGUUGGCGAACAUCCGCUCGCCCGUCUUCAACCAUUCCCUCUACCGCACCUUCAUGCCGGCCAUGACGGCCAUUCACGGCCCUUCCAUUGUGGCCCCGGUGCCGCCUCCCCGGAAGCGGAAGUUCGAGGAGGACGACCGGCAGACCAUCCCCAACGUCCUGCAGGGGGAGGUGGCCCGGCUCAACCCCAAGUUCCUGGUCAACCUGGACCCCGCCCACUGCAGCAACAACGGCACCGUCCACCUCAUCUGCAAGAUAGACGACAAGAACCUUCCCAACGUGCCUCCGCUGCAGCUGAGCGUCCCGGCCGACUAUCCCGAGCAGAGUCCGCUGUGGGUCGACAACCGCCAGCAGUACGAGGCCAACCCUUUCCUGCAGUCGGUCCACCGCGCCAUGAUGUCCAAGCUGCUCCAGCUGCCGGACAAGCAUUCGGUGACGGCUCUGCUCCAGACCUGGGCCCAGAGCAUCCGCCAGGCCUCCCUCUCCGCCGCCUGAACACCCGCCCCCACCAGACCCCACCCCCACGCCUUCCCUUCCACAAGGACACGGCCUGCCACAGACUUCCAGAGACUUCUGCCAUUCAAAAAUCAGAGAUGCUGCCAUUCCAUUUUUUUUUUCUCCCAGGGAGACAAAAAAAUGAAGCAGCUGCCUCAUCCAUUUCUAUAUUUUUUAUAAUUUUCUUCUCUAUUUUAAUUUUAUUUUUUAAUUUAAAUAUUUUUCCUUUUUAUUUUUAAAUUGAAAUAUUUCCGAACCUGGUUAUUUUUCAGACUCUUUCCCCCCAUUUAAAUAUUUUCCCAUUAUUAUUGUAUUUUAAAACUUCAAUCUAUAUCGGAAACGGAGUGGAGAUGGGAGUUAACUGAUGUUUCAGGUGUUUUUUGUUUUCUGAUAUAAAAAUAAAUGUAUUGUUAUAAUAAAA